AUGACCACCGUGUUCAAUUUGGAUUCCGAUAGUUUUCCAGUGAUACGGAAAACUUCGAGUUUUGUAUUUUGGAAUCGUGCCAGAAUAUUUAUCAUGAUUCUAACAUUGAUUUGUUUGACCUUAUCGCAAAUAAAUUCUCUAACUUUUACAUUUACCGUAAUUUGUAUGGAUGAUGUUGUGGAAGAAUUUCAUAGAUCAAAUCAAACAGGUGAGUUGUCAAGGGUACUGUAGCUAUCAGACAUUUAUUUUUUUGUAGGUCAACACUUUAUGGAAUCGAGCACUCAAAAAGCGUUUCUAUUUUCCGGGCCAGCAAUUGGUGCAACAAUUGGUCUUAUUCCAGCAACACCUCUUCUUUCUCGAUUUGGAGUUCGAAAAGUUCUCACAUUUUGUGGAAUCUGCUCUGCUUUUGGCUCAUUUCUAUUUCCAAUUUCAGUAGCAUCCAAUUAUUAUUUGGUUGUUUUUUGUCGAAUUCUUCAAGGAAUUGGAAUAAGUGUAAUAUACACAGCAGUUGCAGUUAUUCCUGGCCAAUGGUCGCCAAAUAAUGAAAUUGGUACAUUUUUGGCAGUUUUGUCGUGUGCACUUCAAAUUAGUAAUGUGAUUUGUAUGUCGGUUAGUGGAAUUUUGUGUGAAAGCAGUUUUGGAUGGAGAUCGAUUUAUUAUAUUUUUGGAAUUUCUACAUUUGUUUUCUAUGCGAUCUUUUUCUUCACCCACAAGGAUAAUCCAACUGUACACAGGUUUGUCAAUGAAUAAUUUUUUGGAAAAUUCAAAAGUAUGUUUUCACGCGUUGAGAAAAGUUACACAAUAUUUUGAAAUUCAAUCAGACAGAGAGGAAGAGAUUCUAGAGAAAAAUAUGUACAUUUUGAUGAGAUAUUUUUUGAAAAUGAAAUGAGUUCACGUGAACCCACGUGAAUAUUGCGAUCCCAAAUCCUAAUAUUCUGUUUUUUUUUCAGAAACGUAUCACACAAAGAACUAUCUCAAAUUCAAAACGGAAAAGCUGAGAUCAAAAAGCGAGAAGCUGUUCCAUACAAAGCUAUACUUUUUGAUAGAACAGUCAUCACUUGUAUUAUUUCUUCACUUGGUGGAAAUCUUGGAUUCUUCAUGCUUGUUUUAUAUGGUCCAACAUAUCUCAAAGCAGUUUUGAACUUUCGAUGUCCGUGGAACUGGUUUUGCAAGUGCACUUCCACAUUUUCUAUCAGCUUUUACAAAAAUCGUAGCUGCUCAAAUCUCAGAUCGCCUCACUUUUGUCUCAGAAAAAUCUCGUUUCGUAUUUUUUGCCACAAUUUCUCAAGUUGGAAUGGCUGCUGGUUUUGCUGUUUUAGCAUGGGUUAGUUCGAUUUUUUUUGAAAUCAAAAUAUCAUACAAAAAUUAUUUUGAUACAAAUUUUUGCAAGAAUAUUUUUCUAUAGAAAUUUGUUUUUUGAUUUGAUUUAUAUUUUAUUUUAUUAUAAAAAUUUCAAUUGUCAUGUAAACAUUUGAAAAGGCGUCGAAUGUUUAUCAAAAUAUUUCAUUUUCUUUUUGAUCUACAAAAUCAGACAAUUUCAUAUAUUUUUUACACUUUUUCUCAUUAGUUUUGGGCUCCAAAAACUGUAAUCAAAAACCAUAGGCAAACAAACAUUGCAGACAUCAAAUCGAGUUGUUGCUCAAAUUGCGUAUACUUUUGCAAUUGUUACAUCAGGCAUUAAUGUUAUGGGAGUUGUUAAAUGUCUGCAAUUGGUAAGGGUUUUUCAGAUUUCAGUUGAAACUUUGUCCAUUUUUUGCAGCGUUGUCAUUUUCAUGUUCAUUUUUCAUUUUGGAAUAACUUUUGUUUCAUUGACCGCAAAUAUUAUCCAAUUAAUUUUCCCGAUUUUUGUAGGAAUUUUAA